UCGAUUUGGGAAUUUGCACAUAAGCAUAUAUGAGUAGAGACUAGAAUCCCCUUACCUACCUCCGGCUCCCCAAAAUGUUUCUUGCACUUGCAACCAUAAUCAUCGCACUAAUCCGGUCAACUAGCAGCCAAUCCGCGGCUGGAUGCUAUGAAUCCAUCGUCAGCUUCGGCGAUUCGCUUGCCGAUACCGGCAACUAUCCAAUGCUCUUCGAAUCCGACAGCCAUACGCCGAGCUAUGCUCUGCCGCCUUACGGCCGGACUUUCUUCCACCGCCCCACCGGACGAUGCUCCGACGGCCGUCUCGUCAUCGACUUCAUCGCUCAAAGGUUGGGGCUGCCGUUGGUGCAGCCGUACAUUACUGGAAGAGAUCGGAGCUUCAGCAAAGGAGUCAAUUUUGCGGUUAUCGGAGCUACAGCUCUUGAUUUUGACUUUUUGAGGAAUAUUGGAUUCCCAAAUACUUUUACCAAUGUGUCUCUUGGAACUCAAAUUGAUUGGCUCAAACAAUUUUUAGCCACAAUUCCAGAUGGGAGAAAGUUUCUGCAAAAGUCUCUGGUUCUGAUGGGAGAGAUCGGCGGAAACGAUUACAACCAUCCGAUCAUGCAAGGGUCGACUUUCGAGGAGAUGCAACCGCUUGUUCAACUAGUGAUUCACUACAUCGGCUCCACCAUUGAAGAACUGAUUAAGCUUGGUGCUGAGACGUUGAUGGUCCCUGGGAAUCUACCAAUAGGCUGCUUUCCAUUUUGUUUAGCAACAUAUAAGGAUAGUAGCAUUGCCCAAGACUAUGACCCCAAAACAGGAUGCCUCAAUUGGCUCAACGACUUCACCAUCUACCACAACCAGCUCCUCCAGGAGGAACUAAGCCGCAUUCGAGAGCUUUAUCCUCACGCGGUCCUGAUCUACGCGGAUUAUUACAAUGCAGCAAUGCGCUUCUAUCUCUCACCAGCAGAAUACGGAUUUUCAAAGGAUAUUAUUCUAAGUGCUUGCUGUGGAGGGGGAGGACCGUACAACUACAACGGAACGGGGAAGUGCGGCAUUCCUCCGGCGAGAUCAUGUGAUGAUCCGGCUUCAUAUGUUAGUUGGGAUGGCAUACACUUGACGGAAGCAGCUUACCGACUCAUAGCGCUAGGUUUGCUUCAAGGACCCUACACCAUUCCUCAUAUCACCACUGCUUGUCCUGCCUUCAACAGGGAUGAUCAAGUUUAUCAGUAUUAAUCAACAACAUUCUAAUGUGGUGCUUACUUGUAUGUGAUUUGAAUUUGCCUCUUCUAUUUAUUGAGGCAAUAUUAUGUAGAAAAAAUACGUAGAGUCCACAUGUUUAAUUCUUGCUAAUUAAAUGGAAUAAAAGAUGGAUAUUGAAUUCA